AUGGCUCAAAAUAAUACCCCUCCGCUCCCGGAGGGUAUUUUCUCGUUGCUUGAUACGGAUCUGUACAAAUUGACGAUGCAAUGCGCCGUCCUCAAGUACUUCCCAGAUGUUUAUGUCACAUAUGGUUUCACAAAUCGCACCCCGGAUAUGAAGUUAACGCGGGGUGCUUACAAAUGGCUUCUGGCACAGAUGGAUGCGAUUGCAAAUAUCCGAGUCACGACUGAGGAGAUCGAGUUCCUAAAGAAAUGGUGCCCCUACUUCAACAACGCUUACCUGGACUACCUGACCAACCUCAAGCUCAAGCCGUCAGAACAGAUCGAGAUUCACUUUACGCCGGAGCAGGAUACUGGCAGCGAGGAUGAUCUCGGCAACGUCAACUACGUCAUCAAGGGUUUGUGGGUCGAAACGAUCUUGUAUGAGAUCCCGCUGCUGGCUCUGACAAGUCAGGCCUACUUCAUGUUCACCGAUAAGGACUGGGACUACAGCUGUCAGGAGGACAAGGCAUUCCGGAAAGGAUGUGCGCUGUUGGAGAAUGGUUGCAUAUUUUCCGAGUUCGGCUCUCGAAGACGGCGCGAUUACCACACCCACGAUCUGGUCAUGCAGGGAUUGAUGCAGGCUGCGGAGGAAGGAAAGAAGCAAGGAUGGAAGGGAGUGUUUACCGGCACAAGUAACGUCCACUUUGCCAUGAAGUACGGAGUGGCGCCUGUGGGCACUGUGGCCCAUGAAUGGUACAUGACCAUCGCUGCCAUCACGGACGACUACGAGAACGCGAACGAGAUGGCCCUGCGCUACUGGCUUGGUUGCUUUGGUGAAGGAGUCCUGGGUGUUGCACUCACCGACACAUUCGGCACGCCCGCCUUCCUUGACGCUUUCCGCAAACCCAUUCCUGCUUUCACCAGUGCAGGUGUCGGCGCAGUCUCCACGACCGCCUCCGGACCCGGCACCACGACAGAGUCCGCAGUACAGAGCGAGGCUACUACCAAACCCCCAAUCUCGGCUCCUUUGGUCAACGAUGCGCAAGGCGAACACGCCAACAAGACCUACGCCCAGGUCUACACCGGCGUCCGCCAGGACUCUGGCGACCCCACAUACUUUGUGAAGAUGGUGCGGGACUUCUACGACAGAGAGGGAGUCAAGGACCCGAAGACCAUUGUCUUUUCCGAUUCAUUAGACAUCGAGCACUGCCUUGAAUACAAGGUGAUCGCCGAAGAAGCCGGUUUUAAGCCUGUCUUCGGUGUCGGAACUUUCUUUACUAACGACUUCACGAAUAAAUCCGACGGCCAAAAAUCCAAGCCGCUCAACAUCGUUAUCAAGAUCGCCACCGCUAACGGCCGCCCAGCCGUCAAGCUAAGCGACAACAUGGGCAAGAACACAGGUGACAAGGAGACCGUACAAAGUGUCAAGAAGAAGCUUGGCUACAUUGAGCACCAAUGGGAAGAGGGCGAUGAAAGCAACCGCUGGGCUCGCAAGUAG